CUGGUUUGGUGAGUCAGAUUGAUUAAUUUUAUGUGAUUAUUUUUUUAAUCCUUCAUGAUUAUUAAUUAUUGAACAUGGGUGAGAUGGGAUAGAACAGUCAGGUGUAUCUACAUGUUUCUCUGGGUUUGUGUGAGAAUGUCUGGACUUGACCGUUAGCUCCUCCCACCUGCUGCAACCAGCCCUACCUGAACACACCUGGGGGGGGGGGGGGGGAAGGGGUUCAGAUGAGGUGGAGCAGUCUUGGGUCGGACCGCUCAGGAUCAACAUGGCCGCUCAGAGGAGGGGGACCGGACUCCUCUGGACCCUACUGGGCCGCUGCAGGACCUCCGAACCGGGGCAAACCCGGACCCGGCCGGGCCGGUGUCUGUCCUCCCUCCCUCCUUCAUCGGGAAUCUGGCACUCCCAGCUGUCCCGGCUCUGCUACCGGGAUCUGUACCGGCUCUCUGUCACCGACCCGGAUCGGUUCUGGGGAUCCGCCGCUGCCGACAGACUCCGCUGGGUGGAACCGUUCCAGCGGGUCCGGGACUGCGAACUGAGCCGGGGGGAGAUCAGCUGGUUCCUGGGAGGGAAGCUAAACGUGUCCGUGAACUGCCUGGACGUCCAUGUGGAGACACAUCCGGACCGGAUUGCUCUGAUCUGGGAGCGGGACGAACCUGGCACUGAGGUGAAGGUCUCCUACAGAGAGCUGCUGGAGACCACCUGCCGCCUCGCCAACACUCUGAAGAGCCAUGGGAUCCACAGAGGAGACCGAGUGGCCAUCUACAUGCCGGUGUCGCCGCUGGCUGUGGCAGCCAUGUUGGCAUGCGCCCGCAUCGGAGCAGUGCACACGGUGGUGUUUGCUGGCUUCAGCUCUGAGGCGAUAGCGGGCCGGAUCCAGGACGCUCAGUGUAAAGCCGUGAUCACCUGUAACCAAGGUGUGAGGGGAGGCCGACUCAUCGAGCUCAAAGCCACGGUGGACGAUGCCGUGAAGAAGUGUCCCUCCGUCCAACAUGUCUUUGUCUCUCAGAGGACCGAAAAGCUUCCAGUGAUGGGAGAACUGGAUGUUCCACUAGAGGAGGUGAUGUCCUCUCAGCCAACUGUCUGUCCUGCUGAGCCUUUGGACAGUGAGGACAUCCUCUUCCUGCUCUACACAUCCGGAAGUACGGGAAAGCCUAAAGGGAUCGUCCACACACAGGCCGGAUAUCUGCUGUACGCCUCCCUGACUCACCAGUAUGUGUUUGACUACCAGGAUGGUGACGUGUUUGGCUGCGUAGCCGACGUCGGCUGGAUAACAGGACACAGUUACGUGGUGUACGGCCCACUGUGCAACGGUGCCACCACCGUGCUGUUUGAGAGCACACCUGUGCACCCAAACCCAGGCCGGUACUGGGAGAUGGUGGAGCGUCUGAGGAUCAACCAGUUCUACGGAGCUCCGACGGCUCUGCGCCUGCUGCUGAAGUACGACGAGAGCUGGGUGAAGAAAUACGACCGCUCGUCCCUGAAGACGCUUGGAUCAGUCGGGGAGCCCAUAAACCACGAGGCCUGGCACUGGUUCAACAGUGUGGUGGGAGAGGGACGGUGUCCUCUGGUGGACACCUGGUGGCAGACAGAGACUGGAGGAAUCUGCAUCGCCCCCCGUCCAGCAGACCUUGGAGCUCCCAUCCUUCCUGCCAUGGCCAUGAGGCCUUUCUUUGGGAUCCAGCCGGUUCUGAUGGGAGAAGAGGGUCAGCCUUUGUCCGGUAACUCCGUCACCGGCGCUUUGUGCAUCGGCGAACCGUGGCCGGGAAUGGCUCGCAGCAUCUACGGCGACCACCAGAGGUUUGUCGACACAUACUUCAAACCGUAUCCAGGUUAUUACUUCACUGGCGACGGCGUCUUCCGCUCCGAAGAUGGUUACUACCAGAUAACUGGCCGGAUGGAUGACGUCAUCAACGUCAGCGGUCACCGCCUCGGGACCGCCGAGAUCGAGGAUGCGCUGGAUGAACAUCCAGCUGUCCCAGAAACUGCAGUGAUUGGGAUCCCACAUGACAUCAAAGGAGAAGUGCCAUUUGCCUUUGUGGUUUUGAAGGACGAUCUGGCUGACGAACCCCCUGCCAUCCUAAAGGAACUCAGAGAACUCGUCUCCACAAAGAUCGCCAAAUACGCCGUCCCAGAUCACUUCCUGGUGGUGAAGCGGUUGCCGAAGACUCGCUCUGGGAAGAUCAUGAGGCGGAUCCUCAGGAAGGUUGUCACGGAGACAAGCGGUGACCUAGGUGAUGUGUCGACUCUGGACGACCCGUCUGUGGUCAAGGAGAUCAUAGAAGCCCACAUGCAGUACCAGAAGCAGAGAGAGGAAGAAAAGAAAAAAUGAAAGAAGGAGGAGGAGGUGGAGGUGGGCGGGACUUGAGGUGCAGUCAUCAAGGGUCGCCCUUAGAUGGAGCUGGUGGAGGAGGGGCCCUGCUGCUGUUACGUUUGGUGGACAGGUCACCUUCUUCUUCUGCUCUUUAAUUCCUUUUUACCUCAUCAGCUGAGCAGAAACAGUUGAAAUGAAGUGGCGCACAACCCUGUCUUCCCAUUGGCUGGCAGACCUGGGGUCAGCUGACUUGGCUCCGCCAUCACCCGACUCCACCUGCACAGCAACCUGUCCCAGUCUGACAGCCGGUUCUGGUUGUUUAACUUUAUUCUCACUUUUAAAAUGAAAUGUUAAAAUAAAAACAGAAAAUUCUGUUUUAUUCAGAUUAAAUCUGAUUUAUAGUUAGAAAUCAGUCACUGAGGAUGAUAUAAAUAAACA